AUGAUGGGUGAACAAUUUAGAAAAAUGGAACAAUAUUCACCAAAAUCAUCUCCAAGGGGAGCUCGUUCUCCUGUGGUAUCAAGACAGGAUUCUACAGGGACAUUAAAGACAACAAUUUCCCUUGGUAAAAAUCCUUCAAUUGUCCACAGUGGACCAUUUUAUUUGAUGAAAGAACCCCCUGGUAAUGAGCUAACUGGGGCAACCAAUUUAAUGGCAUACAAUGGACUUGAGCAUUCUUACAGUAAAUUUAGUGGCAAAAAAUUAAAAGAACAAUUAUCAUCAUUUUUACCUACCUUACCUGGAAUAAUUGAUGCACCUGGUGUACAAGACAAUAGUUCAUUAAGGUCAGUUAUUGAAAAACCUCCAAUUGGUGGAAAAGAACUCUUACCUCUUACAAGUGUUCAGCUAGCUGGAUUUAGGCUUCAUCCUGGACCAGUAAGUAUUACUUGUAAUUAA